GACGGGCACGAAGCCGGGGGGGGGGGGGGAGCGCCCCCAAGAUGGCGGAUCAGAUCCCGCUGCACCCGGUGCCGCGCAGCACCCAGCGGAGAGCGGCCUAUUACACCAGCGCCGCCGCGGCGCAGAGGCACAACAGGUACCAAGUGGAAGAUGAGUCCUCUCACUUGGAUGAAAUGCCACUAAUGAUGUCAGAAGAAGGCUUUGAAAAUGAUGAGAGUGAUUACCAUACUCUACCAAGAGCCAGAAUUUCUCAGAGAAGAAGAGGCUUAGAAUGGUUUAUCUGUGGUGGCUGGAAGUUCCUUUGCACUAGUUGUUCUGAUUGGCUCAUAAACAUUUGCCGAAGAAAGAAAGAGCUGAAGGCUCGCACAGUGUGGCUUGGGUGUCCUGAAAAGUGUGAAGAAAAAUACCCCAAAAAUGCCAUAAAAAAUCAAAAAUACAACGUCUUUACCUUUAUACCUGGGGUUUUAUAUGAACAGUUCAAGUUUUUCUUGAAUCUCUAUUUUCUCGUCGUGUCCUGCUCACAGUUUGUACCAGCAUUGAAAAUAGGCUACCUGUACACGUACUGGGCUCCUCUGGGAUUUGUUUUGACGGUCACAGUGGUACGGGAAGCUGUUGAUGAAUUUCGACGUUACAAGAGAGACAAGGAAAUGAACUCACAGUUAUAUAGCAAGCUGACAGUACGAGGUAAAGUGCAAGUUAAGAGUUCAGACAUACAAGUUGGAGACCUCAUCAUAGUGGAAAAGAAUCAACGAAUCCCAUCUGACAUGGUGUUUCUCAGAACAUCGGAAAAAACUGGUUCGUGUUUCAUUCGAACUGACCAGCUCGAUGGAGAAACAGACUGGAAACUGAAGGUUGCCGUCAGUUGCACACAAAGAUUGCCAGCUUUGGGGGAUCUCUUUUCAAUCAAUGCUUAUGUUUAUGCUCAGAAGCCACAGCUGGAUAUUCACAGUUUUGAGGGUACCUUCACACGGGAAGACAGUGAUCCAGCAGUUCAUGAAAGCCUAAGCAUUGAAAAUACUUUAUGGGCAAGCACUGUUGUUGCUUCAGGAACUGUAAUUGGUGUUGUCAUUUACACAGGCAAGGAAACUCGAAGUGUAAUGAACACGUCCAAUCCAAAAAACAAGGUUGGCUUGCUGGAUCUGGAGCUGAAUCAACUGACCAAAGCCCUGUUUUUGGCUUUAGUCGCACUAUCAGUUGUUAUGGUAACCUUGCAAGGAUUUGUAGGCCCAUGGUAUCGCAACCUUUUCCGGUUCCUCCUCCUGUUUUCCUAUAUCAUCCCGAUCAGUUUACGUGUGAACUUGGACAUGGGUAAGGCAGCCUAUGGGUGGAUGAUUAUGAAAGAUGACAAUAUUCCUGGAACAGUUGUUCGAACUAGCACCAUACCAGAAGAGUUGGGACGAUUAGUUUAUUUACUAACGGAUAAAACAGGAACACUUACACAGAAUGAGAUGAUAUUUAAGCGCCUCCAUCUAGGUACUGUGUCCUAUGGAACAGACACAAUGGAUGAAAUUCAGAGUCAUAUUAUAAACUCUUAUUCACAGGUGCACUCUCAGAAUAGUGGAAACAGUACGAGUUCAACACCAUCUAGGAAACCUCAGCCGUCUGCGCCCAAAGUCCGCAAGAGUGUCAGCAGUCGGAUACACGAAGCAGUGAAGGCCAUUGCGCUGUGCCACAACGUGACCCCAGUGUACGAAUCCCGGGCUGGUGUGUCUGGAGAAACAGAAUAUGCAGAGGUGGAUCAGGACUUCAGCGAUGAAAAUCGAACUUACCAGGCUUCCAGCCCUGACGAGGUAGCUCUGGUGCAGUGGACAGAGAGUGUCGGUCUCACUCUGGUUAACAGGGAUUUGACCUCAAUGCAGCUGAAGACCCCUGAUGGACACAUUCUGACCUACUACAUUCUGCAGAUCUUUCCCUUCACUUCUGAGAGCAAGCGCAUGGGGAUCAUAGUUAGGGAUGAAUCUUCAGGAGAAAUUACAUUUUACAUGAAGGGUGCAGAUGUUGCAAUGUCCACUAUUGUACAGUACAAUGAUUGGUUGGAAGAAGAGUGUGGUAAUAUGGCGCGAGAAGGGCUGCGUACGCUGGUGGUUGCGAAAAAAUCACUGACUGAAGAACAGUAUCAAGAUUUUGAGAGUCGAUAUAACCAAGCAAAGUUAAGCAUACAUGAUAGAAACCUGAAGGUUGCUGCUGUUGUAGAGAGUUUGGAGCGAGAAAUGGAAUUGCUGUGUCUCACCGGAGUAGAAGAUCAGCUGCAAGCAGAUGUUAGACCAACUCUAGAGAUGCUAAGAAAUGCUGGAAUAAAGAUAUGGAUGUUAACAGGAGAUAAACUGGAGACAGCAACUUGCAUUGCGAAAAGUUCUCACUUAGUGUCUAGGACUCAAGAUAUUCACAUUUUCAGACCUGUUACGACUCGAGGAGAGGCUCACCUAGAACUAAACGCCUUUAGGAGGAAGCAUGAUUGUGCCUUGGUGAUAUCUGGGGACUCACUUGAGGUUUGUCUGAAGUAUUAUGAGCAUGAAUUUGUAGAGCUGGCUUGUCAGUGUCCUGCUGUAGUGUGCUGCCGAUGUUCUCCCACCCAAAAAGCUCAUAUUGUGAAACUGUUACAGCACCACACUGGAAAACGCACGUGUGCAAUAGGUGAUGGAGGAAAUGAUGUCAGCAUGAUCCAAGCAGCAGACUGUGGAAUUGGAAUUGAAGGCAAGGAGGGAAAACAAGCUUCCCUAGCAGCUGACUUUUCUAUCACACAGUUUAAACACAUAGGUAGGCUGCUGAUGGUACAUGGUCGAAACAGUUACAAAAGAUCAGCAGCACUAGGUCAAUUUGUCAUGCACCGGGGCCUUAUUAUUUCAACUAUGCAGGCUGUAUUUUCAUCAGUCUUCUAUUUUGCAUCUGUUCCCUUGUACCAAGGAUUCCUAAUGGUAGGGUAUGCAACUAUAUAUACUAUGUUUCCAGUCUUCUCUCUAGUAUUGGAUCAGGAUGUGAAGCCAGAAAUGGCAUUGCUAUAUCCAGAACUUUAUAAGGAUCUCACAAAGGGAAGAUCUUUGUCAUUUAAGACCUUCCUCAUCUGGGUUUUAAUCAGUAUUUACCAAGGUGGUAUUCUGAUGUAUGGAGCCCUGCUGCUUUUUGAAUCUGAAUUUGUACAUGUCGUUGCCAUUUCCUUCACUGCCCUAAUCUUGACUGAGCUCUUGAUGGUUGCACUGACCAUACGAACAUGGCACUGGUUAAUGGUGGUGGCUGAAUUCCUCAGUCUUGGCUGCUAUGUGGCCUCUCUUGCAUUUCUAAAUGAAUACUUUGGUAUAGGCAGAGUGUCUUUUGGAGCUUUCUUAGAUGUUGCCUUUAUCACAACUGUGACCUUCCUGUGGAAAGUGUCAGCAAUCACUGUUGUAAGCUGUCUUCCACUUUACAUUAUCAAGUACUUGAAGCGCAAAUUUUCUCCUCCAAGUUACUCCAAGCUUACCUCGUAAAAGUAAUUAUAUUCCUGUGGUUUUUCACUCACACCAAUCUGCAAAUUGCACACGCACUGUGCUUUAGUGUCUAUGGAUUUAUGCUGGACUAAAGAAAUGUAAAAAAAAAAAAAAAAAAAAAAAAAAUCAAAAGAAAUCAAAAGUGAUAGAGUGAAUAGAGCACAAAAAGAGGAGGAAACACCUGACAGGUACAAUAACACAGAGGUACACUAACAAGACUAUCAGAGAUAAAUUAAAUUUUCUUCAUGUUGAUUAUUUUUUUUUUUUUUUUUUUUACUUUCAGUUGCUAUGAUUAUAAAAUUAAACCGAAUUACCUUUGAUUUGACAAUGCUUCUGAAUGGCUUCAUUGCUACUGUAAAGGAUUUUUUGCUACUGUAAAGGAUUUUUUCCUACUUACUAAUCUUCUGCAAGUUGAAUUGAAAGUUUUGUUAUUUAUUACAUAACUUCACUUCUUUAAUUAUUACAUAACUUCCUAAUUGAAGUCCUUUCCUUUAAUGUUUAUAUAUGGAAAAGUUCAUUCGUCCAUACUUGCUAUAACAAACCUAAUACCUGUAAAUGCCCGUGUCUGUAUUAGCAGCUAACUAUUAUUCCUCAUCAGACAUUGAGUGAUAUGCACUAUUUGAAUUAUGUACAGAUGUCUGCAUAGCACAGUAUGAUUUUUAGGAGCUGUUGUCCUAUUCUGUACUCUCCAUUUCUGGCACCAGUAAAUUACAGAUCUGUGAUGUCGACAGCAGUUCUUUAAAUGCACAUUAUAGCCAGGUUGCACAAAAGCUGUUUAAAAAUUAAAUGAUAAAUUCUGUACAUAAUUCCACUGCACCUAUUGAUCUGUACAGAUAGCAAAGACAUGGCUGCUCAGUAAAUAUGUUUUAAAAUUCUUAUUCAUUUUGUAUUUGUAAAACUGCAAAUAGUGUCAAAGUACAUUUCUAUAUAUGAGAAGUCCAGUAAACCUUGUAUUAGCUAAUAUGUUUAAAUUGCCUUGUAAUCUGUUUACUUAGGUUACUCAGGUAAAAGAAAAUAAGACGAACACAUGAACAUUAUGGUAGGAAAAUCUAUCAUCUUCCAAGUUGUAAAUGUUAUGUUUUUAUAACUUAGUUUGGGUGCAAACUUGUUUAAAAAAAAAAAAAAAUCAAAACAUUUUUGUUUGUUGUAAACUGUCAGAGUUGGGUAUCUUGGCCGAGUUAUGACACUUUACAGCGGUUGAAGAUUUGUUCCAGAAACUCAUAUACUCUGAUACAAUCUGAAGGGUCCAAAUCUUGCAUACUGUACUGGAAAGUAGGAUAUAUUGUUUUAGUUUUCCAUUGUGAUAUAACUUUGCUUUCUCAAGAAGUACAUAUAACAAAUUUGGCAUAGUCUGUUAAUCAGUGGAAAGGACGAGCAUAAUUAUCCAUGCUUUAUUUAUUAAAUAUUUAUGUGUGUGUUUUUAAAAAACACUUAAUAUGGAUGUCAUUUUUAUGUUUGACUGUAUGCCUUUACAACAUAACUCCUUGUUUAGUCUCUUAUAAGUUUGUCCUUAUGCCAUUAUUAUACUGGAUGAGUAAUAUUUAAGUGAUAAAUAUAACUACUUCCUGGGAGAGCAGAGGAAACUGCUGCAGAGCUGUUUGGACUCCACUCCAUUAAUUUUUGUUUUGAAAGUUUUUCUUACUAGCUAUUUAUCUGCUUUUUUUUUUUUAAUUUUUAUUUUUAUUUUCAUUCCUCAUUAUGAAAGCAAUAAAGCCUAAUUUCUACCAAAUAUUAUUAAUGGUAUAUGUAUUAAAUAAACUACUGAAGUAGCGUUUCUUUUAAUUACACAACAUUGCAGACUAGUUUGGUCUGUCCCUCUGUAAACUCACUUCUGUACAACCCCCACAAGAUGUCACUGUUCGUGCACACUAGCAGAAGCCUUUUCUUCAUUUUAUGUGGUUUUGGCAAGAUACUCUUGGUUUAUAUUUUUGGUUUAGUCCUGUGAUAUUUUUGUUGCUGAUUUGCUUUAAUUUUCUGUUUUUCCCCAAUAAGUGGUAAUUACUUUGAAGCAAUUAAGAAAAGUCACCAGUGUGCAGUUGUUCUGAAAUGUUGAUGAUGUUUUCUUCAGACUUUCUUGUCUUAUACAUUGUGAGCUCGCAACCACAUGCAUAAGUUUCAGCAGAUAAGCAAAAGCUUAGAGUUGGUCAUCCUUCAUCUAUACAUCACAUCUUUGACAUUAGGCAGAAAAUGAGAAAAAAAUCAGAAAUUAAACUAGCAGUAUGAAAGUGAUAGUGUUACCGUAAUACAAUCGUAUCCAUGUGUACAGAAUUUAUAGUGUACGUUAUAUUAAUCGUCAGCAUUAAAACUGUGAGGUUAGCGUGAUAGCAGAUGUAUAAAUCCUACACGCAGAUAAAAGCCUUUCAAAAGUGGAGUCAAUUCUCUAGAGUGCCUGCUUUCUUAGAGUAUUUUCAAUAUACAGCAAAGGUCUAGUUUCAGCUAGCACUUUAUUUUGAAGACUGCGGAAGUCCGAUUCAGGUGACUUUCUUUGCUUUUGAGGUUCAGUCACUGCAAAACUGUGUAUAGCAGGAAAGUCUGCUUUCUAUUCAUUCAUGUCACUACAGCCCUGUAAAGGGGUAGUGCCGCCAUAUCACAGUGGUUUACAGGGAACAAUAUCAAUACAGAAUUUAAGUAUCGUGACACCUUUCUGUAGAAAUCUUUAAUGUAUUGUGGAUUUCAGUACAAAGUAAGCUAAGUACCAUCACAAUCCCUGGCUCUUGAAACAGAUUAAAAUGGUAACAUGUCUGGUGUGCAGGUGAAUAAAUUAUUUCAUAAGAAUCUCAUUCCGUUGUCCUUUCACAUCAGUAUAUGUCAGGAAUAAGUCUGGAGCACCGGAUCAACUUACAUAAACACAUAUUUAGGCCAUGGAUCUACAAGUUACACCCAGAAGGACCUUAAGUUGUAUUUGCUAUUAAAUGUUUACUUUUGUGAGCUGCUAUGCCAGAUACGUAUUUCUGAAAAGGUAAUCAUGUCUCUUUGAAAACGUAUUUGGAAAACAAUUUCAGAAUUGGAAUAGGAUGGAGGAGCAAGAUGUGAACAGGAAAUAUGUCUUCACCAAAGUAACAUACGUAGCAAUACUGACCUAUUUGGACCAUGUUUAAUAAGCAUAUGAGUGAAACAUCUGCUAGAUUUCCUAUGUGGUUUGAUGGAAGAACACAGGGAAAAGGAGAGGUCCUGCAAAAAAGAAGUACUGGUAAUUAUUAUAUUGGUUUCUUCUGAUGCUAUUCUAAACUUAUGUGUUCAUGUAACUGCUGGAAAACAUUUUACUACACAAGGUAUUAGUUUGCAAAUGGAAGCUAAAAUUAAAUCCUUGCAUACUUAACAUUAAA